AUGCCUACUCAAAUUCCACCACCCAAUGACGACUUUCCUCAAGACCCGCAUCACGUCCGGGUUGUUUCGAUCAUCCUCUUAGCCAUAUCACUCACUUUCGUGGGCAUUGGUCUGAGAGAAAGUAAGCGCUGGGGCUCGACAGUCCCUGCGGCCUUAACAAUCGGAUCUGCUACGUUUGUCCUAGUCGAAGCAAUCAACUGCUAUUUGGCCAACGUCUACUGGACCACGUCUAACGACCCCGGAAAACUCAUGUUCACCUUACUUGGGCGUGAUUUUGACGUAUACGUCGGCAUUAUCUGGUGGUCUUACGGGGCCGUUCUCAGCUGUGGUAUCUUCGGCGCGCUGAUGCGUGACAUCCGAACCGGAAAGCUAUGGGCUCUCCUCGGCUUUGCGGGACUGCUGGACAUCAUCCUCGAAGAAUGCAUGCUCAUGUAUGGUGGUAUUUAUACAUACUACGGCCACCAGCCGCUGGUGUUCAACGUUUUCCCUUGCUGGUGGGCCUUUUGCAACGUCUCAAGCAUUUUUGUCGGCAUCUCCAUCACUUACAGAUACCGCCACCUGCUUGAGGGGUGGAGAAGCUGCUUGGUUCCUCCGAUUCUACCGCUUUGCUAUGCUGGUCCGCAGGUCCUCGCAGCUCUGCCUACCAUUUACGCAAUCCAGGCAGAUUAUUCUCCGAUGGUUACUCAACUAUGCGGCAUUGUCACUUGUGUCCUUGCGGUGGUUCAAGUUGGUGUUACUAUGGAUACCGUCCUGGGGCGCGAUCCAACGGACAUCAACAAAGUCGGGCGGGAUACUCAAUCUCAGCUAGCUCGUCAAAAGCUGUUUUGA